AUCGAGUUCUUUACCGCCAAACGACGAAAUCUACACGCGUGAAUCGUUCAUAGAAAAGGAGCUGCUUCUGUUACGGAAGUACAGGCAUCAUCAUGAGCCCUAACAACUCCUUCGACGAUAUCCUGUUGCAUUUGGGAGAAUUUGGGCCCUAUCAGAGAAGGAUCUACUUCCUCCUCUUCAUCCCCACCAUCUUCAGUGCCAUGCAGAAGCUCUCGUGGGUGUUUUUGGGCGCCAAUGUUCCACAUCGUUGCCGAUUACCCGACGAGUUUGCAAAUGCCACGUUUCAGCUAGACACAAAAGUUGAAUCAUGUUCUUACCUCAAUGACCAAGGCAUCGCUGUCGCUUGCGAUCGAGGAUGGAUCUACGAUCGGACCGUUUUUGGAAGUAGCGCUGUCAUGGAUUGGGACCUGGUUUGUGAGAACAAAAGUAGCCGAGCUACGGCUCAAUCGCUCUUCAUGUUGGGUGUCCUAAUCGGGUCUUAUGCUUUUGGCGCCCUUUCCGACAAGUUUGGUCGGAAGCCGGCUUUUAUGGCGUCGAUUUUGAUUCAAGCGGCGUUUGGGAUCUUGAGCGGCAUUGCGCCCAAUUAUUGGACAUUUGUGCUUGCUCGGAUGGUGAUCGGCAUGACCACUUCGGGAGUGUUCUUGGUAUCCUAUGUACUCGCCAUGGAAAUGGUUGGACCCAGCUACAGGGUUAUCGCUGGCACCCUAUGCCAAUAUUAUUACACCUUAGGAUUUUUCAUCAUUGCAGCCACGGCAUAUUAUUUGAACUUUGAUUGGCAAUUGCUUCAAAUCGUAUUAACUGUGCCAACGGCCUUGUUUCUGGCCUAUUGGUGGAUCAUGCCGGAAUCAGUCAGAUGGUUGAUUCAAAAAGGAAGAAUGGACGAAGCUCAACGUCAAAUUCGAUGGGUGGCCAAACGAAAUGGGGUGGAUGAAAUCCCCGACCAAGAUCUGGAGGAGCUAUUGGGGAAAAAUGAAGACCACGAGGCGCCGAUUAAAAAUGCGGGCCUUUUGGAUUUAUUCAAGACUCCUCGAUUGCGAAUGCGAACCCUAAAUCUGUUCUUCAGUUGGUUUGUUAACAGUGGUACCUACUACGGUCUCUCUUUGAACACAUCCAAUAUGGGAGGAGACCCGUACUGGAACUUUCUACUCUCGGGCUUCGUCGAAAUCCCUGCCUACGCUUUUAACCUGCUUGUCCUCAACAGACCCUUCAUUGGUCGCCGACUAACCUUAUCCGGUUGUCUCUCCGUGGGUGGACUGGCCUUAUUUGCGACCUUGUUCGUUCCAUCUAACCAAACGUGGGUUCUUAUUGCGCUGACGACCUUUGGUAAAUUGGCAAUCACUGCCUCCUAUGGAGUGGUUUACAUAUUUUCAGCGGAAAUCUAUCCCACGGAAGUUCGGAACAUGGGCAUGGGUGCGUCCUCCAUGUGUGCCCGGAUUGGAGGCAUCCUUUGUCCAUAUUUGAACCUUUUGGGCGAUUACUGGACAGCUUUACCUCUUAUUGUGUAUGGGUCACUGGCUUUGUUGGCGGGAGUCUUGGCACUUCUGCUUCCAGAGACGUUAAAUAAGAAAUUGCCGGAAACUCUAGAAGAUGGAGAAAAUUUUGGUACCGAAGAGUGAGUGAACAGGGGAAGCCAUUUAAAAGGAUAAACUUUGGAAUCUUUUUAAGAAAGUAAAACUGCCUUUAUUGGACAACAUUAAUUCAUCAACCGUCGCAGUAUUUCUCGAGCUUCAAACGAGGCACAAUAUUCAUAGCUUGAAGCUCUUGAAAAAGCAGCUUGCACGCAUAAGGAAUCCGAAUUGAGGACACUGACUUGGAUGACUUGCAAUUAGUGCACCAUCCGGAA